GUUGCAGGACUGCACGAUACACGGCCUUGUCAGACACAGAGUCUGAAGCCAUGCAGUAAAUAAGUGUACUUGGUGGACUGGAGGCGGGCUUUCCAAACGCUUCAUGGCUCACUCGGCAACCUUCUUAGUGACUUUUCUAGCUACAGGUAUUUCGCCAGCGUGGAUAGGUAUACUACGAGGAACGUUGGGUGCCAUGGAAGUCUUCGUGCGCAAUGUAUCCUUCUCGAUAUCAGAAGAGAACCUCCGCGUCCAUCUAGCGCGCAAAAUACACAUACUACCGAUUCAAAAUCCUCAUUCUCCACUCUUAAAUUUUGAGCUGGAGCUUUUUCACAAGGCUGGGUCGGCUGCUUAUCGUGGCAUGGGACUUGUAACCUUUCCCGAUACGAGUUCGGCCAAUACAUUUCUGCAGCUGUACAGCGUUAUGGCCAUUGGCGAGAGGUCGACCCAGUUCCAGCGGUCCAGGCAACCCACCAAUCAAGAGAAAGAGAGGCGCCAAGGCAUUGCGCAGCCUUCUCCCUAAAUCACCAUUCAUCUUGGACGCAUCGGCCGCAAAGGCAUCUUUGCAUCAGAAUUUACCAUCUGCGGCCAGGUUUGAGGUUGAAAAGGCCUACAGG